AUGCAGAUAAAAUUCAACAACCAAGGUCUAGGGUCCAUCAGGCUGGUGGGUUCUGGGGGAGACUGUGCAGGGAGGCUGGAGGUUUUUAACAGUGGCUCAUGGGGGACAGUGUGUGAUGACUCCUGGGAUAUUAAAGAUGCCCAUGUGGUGUGUAGACAGCUGCAGUGUGGAGUGGCCCUCAGUAACCAGCAGGUACCAGCCUGGUUUGGUCCUGGUUCUGGGCCCAUAUGGCUGGAUGAGGUGGAGUGUGAGGGGAACGAGACGUCCCUGUGGAGCUGCUCUUCUCCAGGCUGGGGAAAACAUGACUGUAAUCACAAGGAGGAUGUAGGAGUCGUGUGCUCAGAGUUUAAAGAGAUCAGGUUAACUGAGGGCUGUGAAGGGAAUGUGGAGGUUUUCUACAAUGGAUCCUGGGGUAAUGUGUGCUGGAACCAGAUGGACAGAGACACAACGAGUCUGAUCUGUCAAGAGCUGAAAUGUGGAAGAUCUGGCAAUGUGUCAGUGUCCUCUACCCCUGCCACAACAGCAUCAGCUUCUCCUCCAGUGCGCUCAACAUCAGUCUCUCCUCACACAAACUCCUCCAGCAGUGUCUCUCUCCGUCCCCCCCACUUGUGA